CGCUCCCGCCCUCCCGCCGCUCCCCGCUGCGCAGAGCGCCGCGCCGCGCCGCACCGGCGGGGGCAUGGAGAGCCAGCGCUGCUUCGCCAACCGCUUCGAUGACUACCCGGGCAGCCCGGCGGCGGCGCCGGACAGCGAGGUGGCGGUGCCGCUGGUGACGGCUACCAUCGAGCGGAUCCUGCGGGAGCUGCCGCCCCUGGGCGGCCCCCGCGGCUGCCAGGGGGGGCUGUACGGCGGCGUGGCCGGCGUGGCCUACAUGCUCUACCACGUCGCGCAGUGUCCGCUCUUCGCGCCGUCGCGGGAGGCCUACCUGCGGGCUGCCCGCCGCGUCGUGGACGCCUGUCUCCGCUACCAGGAGGGCGGCGGCGAGGCCGACGCCGACACCCGCGCCGCCUUCCUGCUGGGCGGCGCCGGGGUGUACGCGGUAGCGGCGCUGGUCUACCGCGCCCUGGGGCUGCCCGACUUCGCCCGGCCGCUGGGCAAGUUCCGGGAGCUGAGCGAGGUCUGCGCCCCGCUCUCCUUCCUCGAGUGCGGCUCCGACGAGCUCUUCGUCGGCCGCGCCGGCUACCUGUGCGCCGCCCUGGUGCUGAAGCAGCGGCUAGGCAUGGAGGUGCUGACCCCAGCACAAAUAAAAUCAAUUUGCCUGGCCAUACUAGAAUCAGGAAAGCAGUAUGCAGUGAAGAAGAGGAAACCGUUUCCACUCAUGUAUUCCUACUAUGGAACAGAGUAUCUUGGUGCAGCACAUGGGCUUUCAUCAAUCCUUCAGAUGUUGCUUUCCUAUUAUGAGUACCUGCAGCCAGCAGAUCAGGAGCUUGUAUGGCAGAGCGUUGAUUUUCUUAUGGACCAAGAACAGAACAGCAACUGGCCUCCUGAGCUGGGAGAGACAAUCGAGCGGGAGAAUGAGCUUGUACACUGGUGUCAUGGAGCUCCAGGCAUUGCAUAUUUGUUUGCCAAAGCUUACCUGGUUUCCAAGAAGCCUCAAUAUCUGGACACUUGUAUCCGCUGUGGAGAGCUAACUUGGCAGAAGGGCCUGUUGAAGAAGGGACCUGGAAUAUGCCAUGGAGUGGCUGGUAGUGCUUAUGUGUUCCUGCUGCUGUAUAGGCUCACUGGAAACUCAAAAUACAUAUACAGGGCACAAAGGUUUGCAGAGUUCUUAUUUACAGAAGAAUUUAAGGCUGGUUCCCGGGCAUUAGAAAGUGUAUAUAGUCUGUAUGAAGGUUUCUCAGGAACUGUGUGUUUCCUGACUGACUUGCUGCAACCCAACCAAGCUGAGUUUCCUCUCUUCAGUGUCUUUGUCUAGAGAGUAUCAUUCUCCAGUGCCACGUCCUGGUGGCUAUGGGAAAGGGCACCUGCGGUUUCACAUAUUUGUCAAGACAGGCUAUUUACGAAACAAGCCACUGGUACCACUAAUGCUAGCCUUAAUGUAGCUGGGAGUCAGGUGAAAAAGAAAAUACUCUGGGGUUUGGGGAGGGAAGUGUGUGGUCAAAAAAAAUGUGUCAGUGGAAAAAAAAAUGGGGGAAGUGAUUGAAUCUGAUAUGAUAGCUAUUUAGCUGUAAUAAGAAGCAAAAUCUAAUUAUUGAAAUGAGAGAGAAAGGGGCAUUAUCAAAUGUUUAAUUUGGUGGUUGCACAGGGGGGGGAAAAAAAAGCAAGCUAGAAUUACAGGGGCAUGCAAAAAGAGGAAACAGUGAUACAUCCAUUAGGUUUUAAAGAGACCUGCAAAAACAACUCUUCAUGCAGCAAUGCAUUGAUCGGGGAGGGUGUUGUAGAUGUGUCACUACACCGCACAAAGGCAAAAUCUGGAAUUUUUUUACCUAAACCCACAUCUACUAUUUUUAGUAACAUGUAUUAGUAGUACCUGUCUCUUGGAGCUCUUUCAUCUUCAUAUGCAUAUAAAGAUAAUUAGGUAGAUAGCUUUAUAUUCAGCCUGCAGUUUCACAAGUUCAUUUCAGCUAGUGGGGUUUCAUGUGCAUAAUUGAGAACUGAACUUGACCCUUCCUUUCAGAACUCAGUCUGUGGCAAGGAGCUGGUCUCCUUACUGAUUUACUGUAACUUUGUCACUUCCUGUCAAUACUUUCCCUGUCACAGGGAAGAUGAGUGGAGCCAUGGAAAAGACUUGGAUCAAAAAGUUUUAUAACAAAGGUACAGCAGGCAGAUGCUUUCUUCACGAUACAGCAUUACUAGAUAAGUAUUGUUCGCUGACACAGAAGCUUCCUUUAAAAAUUAAUUGCUCAUAGCAGCAUUUCUGAACAAUAAUGUACAUAUUUCAGAGAACAGAAAAUCUGUUUUCCUUGAUGAUUUGUUCACUACAAACACUGCAAACUGAAUGCGGACCUUGGAUGGCAUACUGAUCUUAAGAAAAACCUCAUAACAAAGCUCAAAUUACUUCUUUUCCUGGUUAACAAAAUAAUGUAUGUGCCCAAAUGAUUUGUAGCUAUAGAAAUGAAUGAGUUGCUGAACAUUAGUUGCACUAGCACUUAAGGUUGCAAUAUAUGCUGGUUUAUAUGUAUUACGUAUAUGACAUGGUACUUGAAAGCUAAAGAAAAUGCUAACAUAGAUUUGUACUAAAAAAAAUAUAAAAUCAAUGUCUGUAUUUAAAAUAAUACUUACUAUUUAUUUAUUUUUAUUUAUAUGGGAAUAAUGUAGUGCAAUAACCUUCAAAGACAGAUUGGGAAGACCAGAAUGUCAUAAAAAUUGAAGUAAGUGUGAAAAAGCUGACAUACAUGCACUGCCAAACAAUGCAGUCUCUCUUCCUGCAUUCUCAGCUGGAGGAGAUUACAAUUUCUUUAUUUUUAAUGCCUUUAAUGGAUUAAAGUUCCCAUUUAAUUUCAGUGGGCCUUGAUCAGGCUAUAAGUUGGAGCCAGGUCUUGCAGUCCUUCUGCAUAUUAAUACAGUAAUCCCAUUCGUGCUCUUGCCACUGUUAUUUUAAUGAGAUGGCUUGCAUUAUUAUGAGCUGCAGAUUAGGAUUUCUGCUAUUUUGUCUUGCACUGUGCAGCUCUAAUUACUUAAUCACAGAAGUAACUAUUUUUAAUUAGUGAAUAAAGCAAUGCAGUUCUGUAUCAAUUUGUGAAGAAUUUAUGGAUUUUUUUUGUGAAUGGAAAUGUUAAAAUUCAAUAUACAAUUGUUACAUGUUUAUUAUUUGUGGGAUAAAAGGACUUUUAAGAAAGCCAUUAAUGUAACUUUGUUACCCUGAGCAGUGAGAUGUGUACACGUACGAGGAUGUAUUUCAUCGGGAGGUAUACAUGUGAGGCUAAAUCAAAAAGAUAACGGAGAUGUGUGUGUGCUCUGCCCAGACAUGUUGAAACGUUCCUGUUAGAUCAGAGCAAAGCCAGCUGUGAGUAGUGAAGAUCCUAAGUCCAUUUCUGUAAUGAAAGUGGCUCAUAUUUUUCAUAACUGGAACCUUUUCAAACAGAUGCUUAAGGAAGGUAGAACUUGGCCUAUCUACUUUUCCCCUGUGGUCAGUAAGUUUUCAGUCUCAAUUUUUAUUGUAGGGUGAUGUCACUCAGCUAAAACACGUAAGUAACAACAUUUGUGCCACAGCAUUUAGGUAGCUACAGUAACUGUAUUCCACCUUAUUGUAAGACAGAGAAGUAGGUUCUGCCAUGUAGACUCGAGCUGUUGCAAUCUUACAGUUAUUUCCCAUCCUUUUAUUUAGAGAUGCAAACACAGAACAAAACCACCUAGUGUUUUGGUAACUACACUGUCAAAAACCCAAACAGCUCCAAACUUAAGCCUCAUGAGAGUAUGUGUAUCAGAAUAGUAAUCACGACCUUUUGAUUCUGUCCCCAGAGCCUACUUUUUCAUUACCAAUGGACCACAACGUUUAAUUGUUUCCAGUUAUUUAUUUCUCAGGAGAUGCUUGAAGAAGAAUGUGUUUGCCAAACCUCAAUAAAUCUAGAGCACAAUAGAUCAGUACAGUAACCUGACCAAGUCACGAAUUCUAACAUAUGCCACAUGUAUGUUAAAAUUUACCAUAAUAGAGGUAGAUAAAAUCACUCCAUUUUAUCAUGCUUAACUUCCAACUGUCAUGUCUGCAUUAAUCUUUUAAUGUAAUUCUUCAUAAAUGGCAGGAAAUACACAUUAAGAACUCAUGUUAGGCUUCUAGGGGUUUUCCCUCUGUCUCUUUGUAGAAUUAAUUCCUUCUGACUUACAUUCAAAGGAGACUCUGAUCUGCUCUGUGUUGUGUUCAGCAGUACCCACAAAACAAAUCUUGUCUCCGCAACCAUUCUCCAUGUGCGAAGCCAUGUGUUUGCCUUCAUUUGAUACUCAUCCUGUGAGAAAGAAUAGUUAUUUUUAGAAAGAUUUAGUCCAUUCAACAAGGAGAAAAACCAAUGUAACCGCCCAGUUUUCAAAAUCUAGAUCCCAAACAUCUCUCUGCAAGUUAUGCAAAUUCGGCACUAGCAUCAGCAAGGGCAGCAUGCAGACUUUGUUUACGACACAAGAUCAGUAACAUAAACAUCCAGUCUCAUGGGAUACCUCUUGUAAAAUCUUGGAAUGUAAUCGUUCAUCUGUUUUAUUACACAUGGCAGUUUGAGCUCAUUCUUAGAGCUUCGUGGCUUUUCUCAUCUGACCUUGCUAGGUCAAGGUGGCUACUAGAUGUGCUGUAGUCUCAGCUUCUGAGCACAGUGUAAAUAUACCCCCAGGGCUCUUCUGAAAAUGCCAGUCAUUAAAUGAGCAGUCUUUUUUCAUCUUUUUCCUCCUCGUAAUUGUCUAAUAUUUUUUCCUUUGUACUAUAUAUGCUGUUACAUACAUGCUGUUGCAACCUUUAUUUGUUGCUUUUAAGACAUUGACAGGAAAGCAACCUGAGCAGAGCCAUCAGCACUUUUCAGUGUAAUAAAAAAAUAAGGUCCUUUGUGUUCCCUCCCUACUGCUUCAAGGAAUCGAUCAUGCAACCUUUGCUAGACAUUCUGAGUGAGAUGCUGUCUCCUUCCUGCUCCUGAUUCAGGCCCUAACAGACUGAAAAAGCGUGUUCCUGAACAGAUUCUGCCAUGGUGCUGUGACAAAAGACUGUGUUACCGGAAACUUGAGAAGCCUCUUUCAAAGUGUAAAACACAACUUACCACAUCAUGUUUGCACAUUAGUUUCUUGACCGCGUUUAGUUUCUAAAGUGUAGGCAAUAGGAAUUUAAGUGAAAUAAUAGUUAUUUCUGGUUAUGCUGUUAAAGCAAAGAGGAUGCAUUGUAUUGGUAUUGGUGCUUAUUGUGAUGUACCUGUGUUUGUGUGAUGCUGUUUGUGAGUAAAGCUGUAGAUUACAAAUCAGUUUAAGGAGCUAUAUACUAUUCAUUUGUUUUGAUAGGUCAUCCAUAGAUUAUUGUCAUGGAAUAAUUUUGAGGGAAACCAGAUCUCUAAUGUCCAGAUAUUGUGAUUUCAGGACUUGUAGAGCCAGAUGCAGUAAGUUUCAGCAGCAGUACCGUUCUAACAAAUACACCCUAUUUUUUUCCUGCUACUCACAACUUUUCAGCAUGAUAAGGUAUUGAUUUUGUGCCACUGCUUUUAAUAUCUGCUUUGUUUGGAUUGUUGUUUCCAUCAGUUUCCCUGCCUGUCUUUCCCAACCUAUGAAUAACUUCAGAGGGCUGAAGAAGCAGCCCAGGUCUUCUGUUCUUUGAAAUACGAUUGAUAGAUUUUACUUAAGAGGGGUGUUCCACUUACUUGCAUUACAUUAUUUUACUCUCCCAGGUUUUCUCACUGGCUCUGCCAUUUCCCACCUGCUAAGGAAAAAUCAUUAUACUGCGUAACAACUGUCACUGAUGUUUUACAUCAUUAAAUAAAACAAAGAGAGACUUUCAAGGGAGCAUGUUAACUUCUCUAGUAUCUCAGUCUAUGCAGAUAAUCAAAACCAAGUGAAAUGGCUAAACAUUCCAAAAUACAUAUUUAAAUAGUUCUGGGAAAAAUGCACAAACAUAUGCAAGUAAAGUGGUUGCCCCUUUUGCUACUCUGUGAAAUUAAGUAAUGCCUCUUGAUGUUCUAAUAAUAAUUAUAUGGACAUGUACAUAAUAUGAUAAGAAUACUGAUUAGUUUUUAAAGUACUGUGGAAAAAAACAAAUUGUAGGUAUCUGAUAUAUUCAGAAACAUACAUGUUUAAUAUGUGCAAAUAGAAACUUUCAUAAGCAAUCAGAUUUUUCUACCUACAUCGUUAUCUGCAUAUACAGUUAUAGCAUCUACCAACAUACUGCAUGUUUUACGCAAACAGUGACCUAUUUUAGCCUAUGCAUGCAUUUUGAGAAUAUGUCCUUGUUACUUGGACCUAUAAGAUCCAUGGACAGAGUGUAUCUCUGAGGUCUGCCACGUAAAUCUCAGGUGUGGUAAUUUCUCCUACAUACCUUGAAUUUUCACUGGCAUGAGUGCAUAUUCUAAUCUGUAGGAAGAUUAGUGUAUAUCAGGAAUAAGAAUUGCCCUGUGAAUUUUAAAAAAGUAAUCUUCCUGUGAAGAACUAUACCAAUUACUGGCUUACAGCACAAUCUGGAUUGCUCUGAGAAGACAUUUCAGUUUAUAACAAUAUGUCCUGGACUAAGUAGUAAGCAGCAGAAAGCUAAAUUGAAAAGAAAUAAGAAAAUGACCAAAAAUUACGCUACUGAGGGAACAACAUACUUCAAAGCCAUAAGCCAAAAAUGCUCAGGGCCCACAAAACAAUACCGCAAUUUAGGGAUGUAAUAGGCAUUUUCCAAGAGAAUAGCACAGUUUGCUUCAUUGCACAGAUAGCGGUACAGUGUGCACCGUACAGGUUUUAGCUUCAUUGCCAUUGCAGCAAAAUCAUCAUAUGCUGAAAACAGCCUCCCUGUGAAGGCGUUGCCUGUAGCUGAACCUACUGCCUACUCCUAGCAUUCAACGGAAUGGAAGCGAUGUACACUAUCAAUGUUUAGGCAGUUUAAAAAAAUAGAUUGGAGAAGCCAACAUGCACCAACUUUUUGACCUCCUUUGAGUUAUUAAACUUCCUAACUAAUCUGCACUGUCUCUGAUGUCACUGUUGGUCCUGUACCCUGUAUAUUUAAAAUUUUAAAUGAUGCUCUGAAAAAAGUCAAUUUCUAAAUAGCAAACAGCUUCGAAAUACAUAAGGCCAUGUUUAUUUUUAAUACUUACAAGGGAGAAGGUGGAGGCAUUUAGGUCAAGUACAGCCAUACAAACUAGUAUGGCAGAAAAUUAAUUAAAAACUCAUUUUGCCUAGUGGUAUAAUGAUAUUUGAAUAAAAGAUUCUUUAUAAUGCAGUGAUACUCAGCAACAGCACUGCAUGACUAUACAUGCAUACUCCCCUGAAAAUUUUAUGUAGAAGUCCUGAAGUCAGUUAUAUCCCAUAGUGAAUAGAAAACAAAUCCUAUUCAUUUCCUUCUACUUCAUAUAGAAGAGAAAGGCUGUCCGACCAGAAACUGAACUCUGUUCCUGUCUUCAUUACUAUGACCAUGCGUGAGAGAAGAAAGAAUUUCUCUAACAACGGUCUGAUUUUGUCACUGAUUUGGCCUCCUGCACCCAUUUUAAGGGCCUGAUAUGCCACCUGCUGAUGUCAGUGGUGAAUCUCCCACUUGAUUUCCUGUGGAAGGUUAGAUCCUUCACACAUGUGAAAUAGGGGAAAAACUACGUAAUUCCAGACUCCAAGCUUACAGACUUUCCUUUACACAAGUCCCAUGAAAUUAGUAAGGCUUGUUCAUCCAGUAAGAGGAAAGCACAGGUGUCUGCAUAUGCAGGGUUCAAUUUAAUAGCAGUUUUAUACCCAUUUUCCUUCAACAUGUCUGCAACUUACCUGAAUGCCAAUAUGAACAAAAAGUACAGGGAACUGAAAUGGCAUUAUUUCAUGUCCAGUUUGUGUUGGUGACACUUGAUUAUUCAAUAUAUUCCAACAUAUAGUGUUCAUCUCUUGACUACGUGCUACACCCUAGAUUGGUUUCUCAGUGUAAUAGCCAUUUGCAGCCAUAAUAUGGUACAGGCCCUUAGAAUCAAGAUAGAUUUGAUUCUUUAGAAAUGCACCUUAUUGUUUAAAAGCAGGACCCCUGCUCUUCUAAUGUUUUAAACACUGUGAUCUUUCAGAAUGUGUUUAUUGUAUUAGUUUUGUAUUGUAGAUUAUGAUAGAAACUAGAUUUUAUAGCUUUUUAAAAGCAGUGAUAAUACUAAGCUUCAUAGUGGCAGAAGAAACUCUGUGUAUAUCCAUAUUAUGAAUAUUAAAGCUGUGAGUAUAUUUUGCCUUAAAUAAAAGCCCAAUCUUGAACAGUA